AUGGACCAGAAACGCGCCCAAACCUUGGACGCGCUGGAAAACUUUAUACGAUCACAGAAGGCCCUCCUCGAGCGCACGCACGCCGACAUAGCCAGACUUGCGGACUUGCGGAAAGAUGUAGAGGUGAACCCCCCGCGCUCCUUAGAUGAGCUGAGCGACAAGCUCCGGGACCCCUCGUUCAAACUGAGUGAGCAGGUCGAUGCAAUACCGCCUAUCCCAUCCGACAUCGACUGGUCCCUGUUCAGUGGGGCAGACGCCGGACCGUUCAAGGCGAUGGCUGCAGUCGCCCGCGAGGCGUACAGCUCGCGCAAUACGCCACCCAAAGCACCCCUCGCACCACCCUCAGACCUCCGCAAGCUCGUCGCGGAAGCGCGCGCAUCUGUCCUCGACCCCGUCCUCGCGUCCUUCCGCCUCCCCGCAGACCUCGCGCUGCUGUCCGACGACGAGCCCGACCCCGAAGAGCUCCGCCGUGCGCGUGAGCGCGAGAAGAUUCGCGAGCUCAAGAAACGCCGCAUCGAGGGCGAUGUCGACGCCUCGGUGUAUGCGGGUCUCGGGCUGCGCAGGCCGACGGCAACCCAGGGCGUGUUCAUACGGCAGGACCAGGAGGACGAGAGCGCCGAGGUCGACAUUUCUCUGGACGAGAGCGGGGCGGGUGUACGGAAGGCUCGUGGUUCGAUAUCGGAAGCGGUGCCCAUGGAAGUCGACGCGCCGCCUACGUCCUCAUCGCCCUUUCCGGCGUCGGUACCGCUGCCCGCCAUGAGCGCAGAUACCAAUAAAGAACGGAGAGCACCCCGAAAAGCUCAAACGGAUGCAAAAGCCAAAGCCAGUUCAGCGCGUACGAAGAACACGAGCAAGGCCAAGGCGCAUCCCAAGCCGAAGCCAGAGACGCGUGAGGACUCGCCGGAGCCCGCAGCAAGCCCGCCUCGCGACAAGAACGGCAAAGCGAAGUCCGAUACGUACAAGCAGGCGUGGUCUGUCUCCGAGCAGCAUCUGCUUGAACGACUGCUCGAGGAGAUACCGGAGGGCGAAAAGAACAGGUGGUCCAAAAUAUCGAAGGCCAUGAACGGGCGGCGUACUGCCAGACAAGUCGCGAGCCGUGUGCAAAAGUACUACGAAAAGCUCAAACGGUUCGGGGUGGAGGUCGGGAGCAGCAAGGCGGCAGGAUGACCGGUCAGCGGACUUUCCGGACCUAUUCUACGACAUCCAAAAUCCUUCGCGGACAACUACAUUGCGCUCUCGUCUGACCACUACCCGGACGGUUGAGUCCAUCCCCGGAGCUCUACUCUACUCUAUCAUCAUGCCUAUACCAACUACGCCUCCACCUUUCGAGAUAUGUUCGCGGGAGUCGUUUGAAAGC